AUGUCCCAGGUCGAAGUCUCCGCUGAUGCAACAAAGACCAAAGUUGCGGAAGAAAUCAAGUUUGACAUCCUAGCUGGCGUACCAGCAGGUGGCAAUGAGCUCAAAAGGAGCCAGAUAGCCCGUACAUUCAUCUGUCACUCAAUCGUCUCAGUGCCUACGAAGGAAAUGUACGCAUAUGCUCUCCUUGCUAGUCUCGGUGACGAUGUCUACCAUGAACCAUCCACUAUGCAAGUUGCUCUUGAAACACACGUUGCCAAAAUUACUGGCAAAGAAGCAGGUCUCUUCAUGCCUUCUGGUACCAUGUCAAACCAGAUCGGCUUGAGAACCCACCUCAUGCAACCUCCAUACACGAUUCUAUUCAUCAUGAUUUUCUAUUGCAGGUAUGAGGUCGGAGGUGCCGGAUUUCAUUCCGGUGCUGCUUUAACUCCUGUUAUUCCUUCGAAUGGUCACCAUCUGACCCGAAAAGACGUGGAGAACAAUAUCAUAUAUGGUCCGGAUGUGCACUUUGCACCAACAGAAGUCAUUGCACUUGAGAAUACCCUUAACGGAACCAUCUUCCCUCAAGAUGAAAUCAUCGCCAUUUCGGAAUUUGCACGUUCCAAAGGGAUCAAGAUGCAUUUAGACGGUGCUCGGAUAUGGCACGUUGCUGCGGAAACCGGAACUUCUCUGCAUGAGCUUUUAGAACCAUUCGACACUGCGAGUUUAUGCUUUAGCAAGGGUUUAGGUGCACCAAUUGGUUCUUGCUUGGUCGGUCCGAAAGAAUACAUCACAAGAGCUCGACGCAUCAGAAAACUAUUUGGUGGUGGGAUGCGUCAGACUGGAAUUCUCGCAGGUGCAGCUGCUUAUGCGCUCACUCACAAUUUCCCCCUUCUUCACCGCGUUCAUGCUCUCACCAUUAAAUUACAAAAAUCAUUUGAAGACAUCGGUGUCACUAUUCUCAGUCCCGCAGAAACUUGCAUGAUUUUUUACGAUGCAGCUAGCAUCGGAUCGACCUACGACGAAAUCGCCGAGCGUGGCGAAGCAUUACCGGAGCCUCUUUUCUUGGGUGGGUCAAGAGUAGUCCUGCACAUCCAGACCUCAGAAGCUGCAGUCGACGAUUUCAUCAAACUCAUUGCGACCAUUGCGGAGGAGAAACGCAAAGCUGGUUUUGUGAAUUCAGCGGUUCAAGCCAAUGGUCACCAAGAUGUUUAUGUUAGACGCACACACUAA